AUGUCUAAACGUCGUAUUGAAGUGAUGGAUCCCUUUAUCAAAAAGAAAAGGGAAGAGAAAGCAGCCGCGGCUGCCAAGUCGGGCGGUAGUGGCGAGUCCUCAGAGUCUGCACUGGCAACACUAGGCACCAGCAUGCCUCCUACUGCUACCAGCACUCCGGGGGUAAACCCAUUCACUGGUUUACCCCACUCCCAGCGCUACCACGAGCUCCUCCGCCGACGUCUCGGCCUCCCAGUAUGGGAAUACAAAAACGAUUUCAUGAGACUCCUAAACACCCAUCAAUGUGUUGUCCUAGUCGGUGAGACUGGCUCGGGCAAAACCACACAGAUACCGCAAUGGUCGGUCGAAUUCGCUGCCGUUACAGCAGGCAAAUCCAAAGGCGUAGCCUGUACACAACCGAGAAGAGUGGCCGCCAUGUCAGUAGCUCAAAGAGUCGCUGAAGAAAUGGACGUAGCACUGGGCCAGCAAGUCGGUUACAGCAUCCGUUUUGAGGAUUGUUCCGGACCACAAACCAUACUAAAGUACAUGACGGACGGUAUGUUGCUAAGAGAAGCGAUGUCGGAUCCCAUGCUGGAACAGUACAGAGUUAUACUCCUUGACGAGGCUCACGAGAGGACUUUGGCUACAGAUAUCCUCAUGGGAGUCCUAAAAGAGGUUAUAAAACAGAGGGCCGACCUUAAACUAGUCAUCAUGUCUGCUACAUUAGACGCUGGCAAGUUCCAACAAUACUUCGACAAUGCGCCGUUAAUGAAUGUCCCUGGUAGAACUCAUCCCGUAGAAAUAUUCUACACACCACAGCCUGAAAGAGAUUACCUAGAAGCAGCUAUCCGCACUGUCAUACAAAUACACAUCUGUGAAGAGAUUGCCGGAGACAUUUUGCUGUUUUUGACUGGACAGGAGGAGAUUGAGGAUGCUUGUAAGAGAAUCAAGAGGGAAAUUGAUAAUUUAGGUCCUGAUGCUGGGGAGUUGAAGUGUAUACCCUUAUACUCUACGCUACCUCCUAACUUACAACAGAGGAUUUUCGAGCCAGCGCCGCCUAAUCGUGCAAACGGAGCUAUCGGACGGAAAGUAGUAGUGUCUACUAACAUUGCUGAGACGUCGCUGACUAUAGAUGGCGUGGUGUUCGUGAUAGACCCUGGUUUUGCUAAGCAAAAGGUCUAUAAUCCUCGUAUUCGUGUCGAGUCUCUCCUUGUGUCGCCAAUUAGUAAGGCGUCCGCCCAACAGAGGGCGGGCCGCGCCGGUAGGACCCGACCGGGUAAAUGCUUCAGACUGUAUACAGAGAAAGCGUACAAAAAUGAAAUGCAAGACAAUACUUAUCCGGAAAUUUUAAGAUCAAACUUAGGAUCUGUAGUUUUGCAGUUGAAAAAACUCGGGAUAGACGACUUGGUGCACUUCGAUUUUAUGGACCCCCCCGCGCCCGAGACGCUGAUGAGAGCACUCGAGCUACUAAACUACUUGGCUGCACUGGACGACGAUGGCAACCUCACAGACCUGGGCGCGGUGAUGGCGGAGUUCCCCCUGGACCCUCAGCUCGCCAAGAUGUUGAUCGCCAGCUGCAACCAUAACUGUUCCAAUGAGAUCUUAUCUAUCACUGCUAUGUUGUCAGUCCAACAAUGCUUCGUGCGUCCGAACGAGGCUCGCAAGGCGGCGGACGAGGCCAAGAUGAGGUUCGCACACAUCGAUGGAGACCAUCUCACGCUGCUCAACGUAUACCAUGCAUUUAAACAGAAUAUGGAAGACCCACACUGGUGCUAUGACAACUUCAUCAACUACCGCUCACUGAAGUCCGGAGACAAUGUCCGUCAACAACUCAGCAGGAUCAUGGAUAGGUUUAACUUGAAGAGGACGAGUACGGAGUUCACAAGCAAGGACUACUAUAUCAAUAUAAGGAAAGCUCUAGUUAAUGGAUUCUUCAUGCAGGUCGCCCACCUGGAGCGCACCGGCCACUACCUGACGGUGAAGGACAACCAGGUCGUGCAGCUGCACCCCAGCACGUGCCUCGACCACAAGCCCGACUGGGUCAUAUACAACGAGUUCGUGCUCACCACCAAGAACUACAUACGGACUGUCACGGACAUUAAACCGGAAUGGCUCCUAAAGAUAGCUCCACAGUACUACGAACUCAACAACUUCCCACAAUGCGAGGCGCGGCGACAGCUAGAGUUACUUCAGGCGAGACUCGACUCCAAAGCCUACCAGGAAGGAUUCUAG